AUGUUCGCCCAAUUCACCGUCUUCAUCACCACCGCGCUUGCCGCUUCGUCGCUAGCCAGCACCGACGUCUGCAACACCGGCCUUGUUCAGUGCUGUGGCGCCCUCGCAGCACCAUCUACAGUCGCCGCGACUAACGCGCUCUCCCUCGUGGGUGUUGCGGUGCAAGAUAUUACUGCCCUCGUUGGCCUCGAGUGCAGCCCCAUUACUGCCAUUGGCGUUGGAUCCGGUGCUGCCUGCUCAACUUCUCCUGUCUGCUGUGACAAGAACGUCUUUAACCAGGGUGUCGGUGUCAACUGCAGCCCCGUCACCGUUCAGGCUUAG